AUGACAUCUAAUAAUAUGUACAGAGUUGGGGAUUUUGUCUACUUCGAAGUUGCUGCGGCAUCACCAUAUCACAUCAGAAAAAUCGAAGAAUUGAAUAAGACUCCCACUGGCGCAGUAGAGGCCAAAGUAGUAUGUUUCUAUAGGCGACGAGACUUAUCACCGAACUUGAUACAGCUGGCCGACAAACAUCAAAAAGAGUUAGGAACUUGCGGUGAUGAUACUCAACCGGAUAUACUGCACCAGAUACAUCAUCGUGAAUUGUUCCUUUCCCGACAUCUGGAAACACUUCCAGCAACACAUAUUCGUGGAAAAUGCAUAGUUACUCUACAUACCGAAACGGAACCUUAUCAUAUCUACCUGACGAAAGAUGACACUUUUUUCUUUCAAUUAGUGUAUGAUCCGUUGCAAAAAACUCUCCAAGCUGACCAAGGAUCUAUUCGGGAAGGUCCUCAAUAUCAAGCAGAGAUUGAGCCUUACCAUCCUCUCCUAGAAUAUUCUACCGACGAAUCUACACAUGAACAGCUGCUGUGGCGACCAGACAACAAUUUAACUCCUUCAGAUCUAGACUCAUAUCUCCUCUUAAUUAGAUCUCUUGCUACAUUGGGCAGAUCUUUUUAUCCACCACAUAUUCUCCGUCAGCCAAACCUUACAAUGUCUGCAGCUGCAGCGGCCAGAGAUACCACACACCAGUUUGCUUUAGAUACUUUACAUUCUGCUAAUUAUAAUAUCUCGCAAGCACUUCAAAUGUUAGCUCCUCAUGGACAACCGAUCUUAAAGUUGGAUGAAAUGGAGCAGUGGUCAGCAAGCGAAGGCAAUCUUUUUGAAGAAGCGUUAGAAAAAUAUGGGAAGUGUUUUUAUGAAAUACAAAAUGACUUCCUUCCUUGGAAGUACCCAAAAAGCCUUGUGGAAUUCUACUACAUGUGGAAAACUACAGAUCAUUAUGUUCAGCAAAAACGUAUGAAGGCUAUUGAAGCAGAACAUCAUCUAAAGCAAGUAUACAUUCCAAAUUACAACAAGCCGAACCCGGCUGUUCUUUAUCCAGUUACAACUGAUACUAGUAGCUCAGCAUCUGGAUGCGAGGGUUGUCCUAAUCUUACAUCAACUCUGUGGUAUGCUCUUGGUCCAUCUCAUUCUCCUUUAAAAGUUUGCGUUGAUUGUUGGAAUUACUGGAAGCGAUAUGGAGACUUAAAAUCCACAUCACUUUUGGAUAAAGUUUCCGAACCAAUUUCUUCCAAUCCAACAUGCGCUUCCAGCUCAGAUUCCAAAACCAUGAGUGUCUCGAAAACUAAUAUUUCCAUUACUGAACUCCAAGCUCGUAAGAAUUCACCCACUGUUUCGACUGACCACUCUACAAAGUCGAACGACUUAGGAGUUAAUAAUUCGAAUGCAUAUAUGCUAGCAUCUAAAGUUCGUACCAGCGUCAGCUUUCAUUUUGUCGCUAGUGUCACUCUUCGGAUCGCUCGUCGGCUGUGUGUGACUUCAAGUCCUCGACGCCGAGCUCGUCAACCAUUCAAACGCCUCACAUUUUUAACUGGUUUCCAUAAAGACACUCUCCCGUUGUUAACUAAACUUACUCCGGCUGAAUCUCAUAAACUUACAAAGCGAUUUCGAAAUAUAUCUGCGGUAAGCAAAUGCAAAUCCCGUGGAGUUGCCUUACAUUCUUUGGUCUCACGAUUGCAUAAAACAAAAUGUAGUUCAUCCAAUGGAGUAGAAACAGUUUUGGCUGGUGAACCCUUAUCUAUGAUUAUAGAAAACCCAAGAUAUGCCCCUUCAGAUACUGCUCUCGACUUAGCUGUGAACGGUUUGGUCACUACAUGUGAUUCCGGAAGUCUCAAGGAUCCUGGUUCGAUGCCUAACAGUGAUGAGCAUUCAGAUGCCGACUGUAUUUCUAAUAAGAACCCUAACGCGACAAUUCCUGAUGAUGAAUCGAACAUUGAAGUCAUGUCAAACAAUCAUGGGUGCAUAAAUUUGGGUCCAAAACGUCGUUUUACUGUUGGGUCUGAUGUAGAUGGUGCGUCAACUUUGAUGUACCGAGCCACUCAACUGAUUAAACGUUCUCGACGUAAAUUUUUGUCGUUAACUGAACUUCGUCGUUUCGGUCGUCAUCCUUGGUUUGAUUUUAAUGUGGGUUUACAUUCACAAAAUGGUCUACAUCCUGUUUCUUCAAAUUUAAAAAAGAAAUCUCAUGCCGUCACAACCAAUUCGACUACAGAAACUGAUCUUCCAAAUCCUGGUAUUGUUACUUCAUCGUCAAGUGCACAUUGA